UACUUUGACCUUUGAAGAGAGAAACCAGAGACAGAGAUCCAACAAGGCAACAACCCAGCCAGAAAGCAAAAUUAAAGAGGAAGAGAGAGAUGGAGGCUCUCAAGUACGUCUGGGACGGGGCAAUUCCACUGCAGAUUCAUCUCCACGAAUCUGAAGUCACCACUCUCCCUCCUCCUCCUCCAGCCUUGGUCUUAGCUCCGCGGAUAGGGUACCUACCUUUGUUGGUUCAUCUUGUAAAGCCUUACUUCAGUUCUGCUCUUCCUCCUGGUGCGGAUACGGUCUGGUUUGAGUAUAAAGGGUUUCCCCUCAAGUGGUAUAUACCAACAGGGGUUCUUUUUGAUCUUCUCUGUGCAGAGCCAGAAAGACCUUGGAACUUGACGGUGCAUUUUAGAGGAUAUCCAGGAAAUUUGUUGAUCCCAUGCGAAGGUGAAGACUCUGUUAAGUGGAGCUUUAUUAAUUCAUUGAAAGAGGCUGCAUACAUAAUUAAUGGAAACUGCAAAAAUGUUAUGAACAUGUCGCAAUCUGAUCAGGUGGACUUAUGGCAAUCCGUGAUGAAUGGUAAUUUGGAUGCCUUCCUACGCGUAUCAUCAAAGCUUAAACUUGGGAAAUUUGAAGAUGAGUACUCUGCAAAGACUUUAUGCUCACCAAGAUCUCGACAUGGCCCUGGCGAGGCAGAUAUGGGUGGACAAAUGAAGACUGGUAGAAUUCCAGUUCGGUUAUAUGUUUGGAGCGUUAAUGAGGAUUUUGAUGAUUUUGACGAUGUUCCUCAACUUGAUAGUUGGGACAAAAUUUCUUACAUCAACCGGCCUGUUGAAAUCCUCAGGGAAGAAGGUAAAUAUUUCAGUUUGCAUGAUGCUAUAAGAACUCUUCUGCCAGAGUACUUUGUUCACCAGCCCGUAAUCAAUGACAAAACUAGAAUUGAAGGAGAAGAAGAGCAGAGAGUUGCUUCAGAAGAUGCUAUCAGCAACAGAAGCACAGAAGAAGGAUUAGAAACUACUGAGCAGUCGGAGCCUCCUGCCACCGCUAUAUCCAGCAAUGCUGAACUCAAGAUUGUGCGAAUACAAGGCAUUGAGCCGAAGCUGGAAAUACCAUUUUCUUGGGUGGUGAACAACCUAAUGAAUCCAGAACAUUUUCUUCACAUCUGUGUCUGUCUUAAAGUACCAUAAUUGAAUUUUUCCUGAAAAUGUUACAUCUGAUGCCCAGAAGAUAAUUCUCUGUAUAGAACCGUACGAGACAUUCAUUCUGUCAAUAUAAUUUGUUUCAGUCUUGCUUGCUUAUACAAUUCAUUUCCUA